GUAGGAAAGUAGCAUCUACUGCUGUAUACGAUUCAUUCACCCGUUACCAACUGAUUGAGCCAGCAAGCCGGAUUUUUUUGAACUGCAAAGUGAAGUGAUUCAUGGACUCUUGAUAGACUAUACCAGAGUUUUCUAUACAAAAGUGACUCCCUGUCUUCUAAUCAGAAAAGCUACACCCUUGAAAUGGAUGUUUGAAAACUCCUUUUAGCCCGUAUCAGUUGAUUGCCUGCUCCUUUAAAACUGUUUAAAAAUGACUGGACGGGCAAGAGCAAGAUCAAGAGGCCGUGCACGCGGUCAGGAGACUGCGAAGCCUGGAGCGGCUCAAGAGGCGGCACCAGCACCUGCCCCACCCGCUGAAGCGGGGCUGGUUGGUAGAGGAAGACAGAAAACCACUCCUGGAGCUAUGGCCACUGAAGCCGUUCUUGAGAUCUCAGCUGGCUUUCAGCAGGUGAAGCUGGGAGAGCGAGGUGGACGGCGCCAUGACUUUCAUGAUAGUGGAAUUAACACCAGGCAGGCCAUGGAGCAUGUCAAAGAAUCAAAGACUGGUAGCAGUGGCUCUGCCAUUCAGUUGAGUUCCAACUUCUUUCGCAUCCUGUCCCGCCCCCGGUGGGUUCUGUACCAGUACCAUGUCGACUUUAAUCCCCCAAUGGAGUCUCGACGGCUGCGUUCAGCUCUGCUCUUUCAGCAUGAGGAAACGCUGGGCUCCUCACGCACCUUUGAUGGAGCCAUUCUCUUUCUGCCACGCAGGCUGCCCAACAAGGAGACUGUGCUACACAGUGACACAAGGAACGGAGAGCACGUUAAGAUAACUGUCACCCUGACAAAUGAACUGCCACCCACUUCACCAGUGUGCCUUCAGUUUUACAACAUCAUCUUUCGGAGGAUCUUGAGAAUGCUCGACAUGCAGCAGAUCGGACGCAACUACUACAACGCCAAGGAUUCACUCAACAUGUCACAGUACAACUUGACCAUCUGGCCAGGGUAUACCACCACGAUCCUGCAGUACGAGUCAAGCAUUAUGCUGUGCACUGAUGUCAGCCACAAGGUGCUGCGUAGUGAAACGGUCCUGGACUUCAUGUACAACCUCAGGCAGAGGUGUGGUGAGCAGCACUUCCUUGAGGCCUGCACCAAAGAGCUUGUUGGACUCAUCGUCCUCACCAAGUACAACAACAAGACAUACAAGAUUGAUGACAUUGCGUGGGAUUACACUCCCAAAAACACUUUCAAGAGGGGAGAUGCUGAUGUUACCUUCAUGAGCUACUACAAGAGUCAAUAUAAUCUGGAUAUCACAGACGGGAACCAGGUGCUUUUGAUCAGCCAUGUGAAGAGGCGUGGUCCUGCGGGGGGUCCCCCUCCAGGCCCGGCCCUGCUUAUCCCAGAGUUCUGCUUCAUGACAGGCCUGACUGAUAAGAUGCGUACUGACUUCAACAUGAUGAAGGAGUUGGCCCACCACACCAGACUGGCCCCACAGGAGCGAGAGCGACGACUCACCGGUUUUGUCAAUAACAUACAAAGGAACACUGCUGCACAGGCAGAGUUGAACACCUGGGGACUCAACAUUGACAAGCAGCUGCUGAAACUGAAUGGCCGAGUCCUCCAGGGGGAGGUGAUUGUUCAGGGACCAAAAUCGUACGAAUAUGACCCCUCCAAAGCUGAGUGGUCCAGGGAGAUGCGUGGAAUACCUGUGAUCAGCUCCCCUCCGCUGGACAAUUGGGUUAUGUUCUACCCCCGUCGCAACGCCAAUGAAGCCCAGAACCUCCUGCAGACCCUCUGCAAAGUUUCAGGUCCUCUCGGCAUUCAUGUGCAGCGGCCUGUCAUGGUGCAGUAUGAGGAUCAUCAGGAGUCUCUCCUCAGAGCCGUGCAGCAGAACAUUGGACCAAACACACAGAUGGGGGUAGUGAUCCUCCCCACCAACAGGAAGGAUAAGUAUGACAACAUCAAGAAGUACCUGUGUGUGGACUGCCCGACUCCCAGUCAGUGUGUAGUGUCCCGAACCAUCAGCAAGCCCCAGACGCUCAUGACCGUGGCGACCAAAAUCGCACUGCAGAUGUCCUGCAAGAUGGGAGGAGAGCUGUGGAGCGUGGAGAUCCCUCUCAAGCAGCUCAUGAUUGUGGGUAUUGACUGCUACCAUGACACUGCUGCUGGAAAGAGGUCCAUCGGAGCUCUCGUGGCCAGUCUUAACCAGGGCAUGACCAGGUGGUUCUCAAAAUGCGUGCUGCAGAACAGAGGACAAGAAAUCAUGGACGGACUGAAGAUGGGCUUGACUGGUGCACUAAAAGACUAUCUGAAGUUCAACAACUGCCUGCCUUCACGCAUCAUUGUGUACAGAGACGGAGUGGGAGACGGCAUGCUGCAGAGUGUUGUCAGCUAUGAGGUUCCCCAGAUCAUGGACUCUAUCAAGUCCAUGGGGCAUGACUACAUGCCCAAGUUGUCUGUGGUGGUGGUGAAGAAGCGCAUCAGCACCAGGUUCUUUGCCCACAUGAAUGGCAGGCUGUCCAAUCCUCCCCCUGGAACCGUCAUCGACACAGAGGUCACCCGACCAGAAUGGUAUGACUUCUUCAUUGUGAGCCAGACUGUUCGCCAGGGAAGUGUCUCCCCAACCCACUACAAUGUGGUGUACGACACCAGCGGACUGAAGCCUGAUCAUAUGCAGAGGCUCACCUACAAACUGUGCCACAUGUACUACAACUGGCAGGGCAUUAUCAGGGUGCCAGCACCCUGCCAGUAUGCCCACAAGUUGGCCUUCCUUGUGGGGCAGAGCAUCCACAGAGAGCCCAGCAUGCACCUGGAUGAUUACCUGUUCUACCUGUAAGACUCACACUCAGAAUGCGUGUCAGUUAGUUUAAGUUACUUUGUAUGAAAGUUAAAGAAUAAAUAUAAAGUUUUGUUGGCAGUUGCUCAGUUGUCUUCAAGGUAGACAACAAAAAGUUAUAUUUACAGUUAAUCUUAAUACAAAUCCUAAUUUGUAUUGUCUGCUUUGGAGUGAAAAAGCACUUUUAGUUAUGCUGUUGAAAAAGACAUGAUACUUUGAAGCACUUGUCUAAAAGAAAAUAUUUUGAAGAUCUGAUGGGAAGAAUAAAACCUAUAAAGACACGCAAAUGGGAGUGCUUAAGUCUUGCUUACAACAGGAUUGUACAGAAAAGACCAAUAGAUUUGAGAAGGGAAAAAGCUGCAAAUUGCUUGCUGUCAUAAGUUUUUUUUAUGACAUAUGUUAAAUUCCAGUUCUAAUUUUUGUCAGUAGCCAGGAAUGAAAGUUACAUAAAAAUGAUGGUUCAGCAUCAGCAACCUGCUACCUUAUUAUUUAUUAUUAUUAUUAUUUUUUAUAUGAUGGUUCAUAGUGGGGAGUAAUACAACAAUGAUGUUCAGUUAUUGUAAGUUACGAAGGCUCAAGUGGGGUAACUAUCUCCUGUUGGCCCUGUUAUUUUACUGCAGAUGACUAAUAAACGUUUCCACAAGUGGUA